UUCGAUCGUUCGAUAAUUAUGUGUCCCCGGGUGGCGUCGAGGCCUAGUAAAGCCUUGAAGGGUGUACAUGGGGUUCAAGUAUCUCCUCAUUCACCAUUUGCAUCUGUGGAGAUCAACCAACAUGGGGAGUUCCAAUCAACUCAUGAUAGAUCAUUUAUUACAGCAAAUCAACCCCUAUUGAUGCAAGUAUGGCAGCAGAGGCCAUCUUGUUUAAAGCCUGUAAGAUAUUGUUGUAUGCGAGGGGACCGGAAUCUUCAAGAGACGGUGGCUAAUGUGUUAACCUCACUUCCUUUCAUAGCUCUUGGAAUCCAAGCCCCAAGGAAAAAUUUUAACACUAGGCUGUAUGCUAAUUCACUAAUUGGAGUUGGAGUUGCCUCUUCUUUGUAUCAUUCUUCCAGAGGAAAGCUCAGGAAGUAUUUAAGGUGGGCCGACUACACGAUGAUCGCCACUGCAACCGUGUGUCUAUCAAGAGCUCUCAGGAACGAGAACCCAAAGUUACUAAUGGCGGCAUCGGCUUUACUUCUACCUGUGCAGCCUCUGAUGGUUUCGGCUGUUCACACCGGAAUGAUGGAGGUAGCAUUUGCAAAAAGAGCAUUGGAAGACCCAGAAUUAAGGAUGGCUCACAAUGUUCAUAAGAUGUCAUCCUUGUUGGGAGGUGUUCUUUUCAUUGCAGAUGAUGUGUUCCACAGGACUCCUUUUAUUCAUGCUGCUUGGCAUCUUGCGGCGGCUGUCGGCGUCGGCACCUGCAACAAACUUCUUGAAUAGUAUAUAUAUAUAUAUAAAUA